ACAUUUCAGCUAUAUUUAAAACUUAUGGGGGUAAAGCAGAAUUCGUGAAAACCUUCUGUAACGAUAAAUUGCUAUACCGGCGUGGCAUCGCGGAGCUCGGAGAGCACAACGCUCACCAAUCAGAGCAACAUUACGCGCCGGUCACCAAGACAAAAUCUCAUACGCGACCCCAAUCUGAUACAUUAGGUUUUACUCGCUGUCUGCGAUGGCACUCGGUUUAACAGAAACGUCGUCGUUGUUGAUGGACUUACUCCGUCAGGCUGGCGGGGCCGCCGUGAUUGACGGCGGCCUAGCGACGGAGCUUGAACGCCAUGGGGCUGAUCUUAACGACCCUCUUUGGAGCGCCAAAUGCCUCCUUACUUCCCCUCACCUUAUUCGCCAGGUACACCUUGAUUACCUUGAAGCUGGUGCAGAUAUUAUAAUCACAGCAUCGUACCAGGCCACAAUUCAGGGUUUUGCAGCCAAAGGGUUUUCAAAAGAACAAAGUGAAUCCUUGCUAAAAAAAAGUGUUGAAAUCGCCUGUGAAGCACGAGAACUCUAUUAUGAAAGAUGUAAUAAAAGCUCUUCUGAUGAGACUGAAGAUGAAAGAAUUCUCAAGCAUCGGCCUAUUUUAGUGGCUGCAUCCAUUGGGAGUUACGGAGCUUAUUUGGCUGAUGGGUCUGAGUACAGUGGAAUCUAUGGGGAUGCUAUUACGCUAGAAGUUUUGAAAUAUUUUCAUCGAAGAAGGCUUCAGGUCCUAGCAGAAGCAGGUCCUGACCUUAUUGCAUUUGAAACAAUCCCAAAUAAGCUAGAAGCGCAGGCAUGUGUGCAGCUUAUAGAGGAAGAGAACAUAAGUAUGCCAGCUUGGUUCGCUUUCAACUCUAAAGAUGGUGUCAAUGUGGUUAGUGGUGAUUCUCUUGUUGAAUGUGUCUCAAUUGCUGAAUCAUGCAAGAAAGUUGUUGCAGUUGGAAUCAACUGUACUCCUCCUAGAUUUAUUCAUGGACUGAUAUCAUCUAUUACCAAGGUGACUCCAAAACCAAUACUUGUAUACCCAAACAGUGGCGAAAGUUAUGAUGCAGAUAAAAAAGAAUGGGUGCAAAAUACAGGGGUUUCUGAUGAAGAUUUUGUGUCAUAUGUGAACAAAUGGUGCGAGAUAGGAGCAUCCCUAAUAGGAGGUUGUUGCAGAACCACUCCCAACACCAUAAGAAAGAUAUACAGAUCCCUCUCAAAUCGACCGACUAGUUCAGCCCCGCAAUAACUAUAUGGGCUUCUUCAAUAAUUAGGAGUUAGCAGCGUAGUUUCCUGUCCAAGAUACUGAGGACGCCUGCACUUGCCCUUUAGAAGUCCUUCCAAUAUAUGAGGGGAAGACCUGACGCAGGCUGUUCGAUGAACCUACAUGCUACAAAUGGGGAAGACCUGACACAAUCUUGUAUCAAUUUUUUUGCCAUUUUGGGCAGGGUAAUUUCCAUGCAUGAACAAUUUUCUACUUUCUUUCAUGUUGUUAUUAUGCUGCUUUUUUUCCAUAUUAAAUUAUGUUUUUGUUCAUGAAUAA